GGGUUUAACACGCCUCGCUCCUCUUCCUCCAUAACCAAGAACACGCAGCGGAAGCAGAAGAAGGAAGAUGGUGAAGUUCUUGAAACCAAACAAAGCGGUUAUCGUGCUGCAAGGCCGUUACGCGGGUCGCAAAGCCGUCAUCAUACGCGCCUUCGACGAUGGCACCCGCGACCGCCCCUACGGCCACUGCCUCGUCGCCGGGAUCAAGAAGUACCCUUCGAAGGUUGUGAAGAGGGACUCCGCCAAGAAGACGGCGAAGAAGUCGCGCGUCAAGGCGUUCGUUAAGAUGGUUAACUACCAGCACGUGAUGCCCACGCGCUACACGCUUGACGUGGAUUUGAAGGACGCCGUUACGGUCGAGUCGCUUCAGUCGAAGGACAAGAAGGUUGCGGCGCUUAAAGAGACCAAGAAGAGGCUCGAGGAGAGGUUCAAGACCGGCAAGAAUCGUUGGUUCUUCACCAAGCUCAGAUUCUAAGCAUUUCAAAAAAUGGUGCCCUUUUUUUUUUCAUUUUACAUUUCUAAAGAUGUUUAAUUAUUAGUUUUGGUGCUUAUAUGUGUUCUGAGUUUAUUCAGGAUCUGUUUGGAUUGUUAUAGUUUCAUUUUCGGGAUUAUGUUUUCCAAACGCUGCGUUUUACCAAAUGCUACAUUUUGGAUUAUAUGCUAGUAGAUAAAUGUUGUUGUUGAAUCUAAUUUAA